AAUCAGCAAACAGUAUGUCUUCACUGAGCCUCUGAGCAGAUCACUAAACGUUCACUAGCACGCCAAAGGGCUCAGCAGUGAAGAGGAGGGUCCAUCAGUAUGUUGUCAGAUCUGGAGAGCGUUGAGCCGCACACCCAAAAUGUUGCGACACAAGUUUCUCUUGACGGGAAGUGGGCGGUCCUACCACGGAACCACUGACUCCGACGUGACGGAAAAUACAGUAAAACUCUUGUUUUCACGAUGGUUAGAUUUGCGCACUAUAUACAUAUGUAAUCAAUGUAGCAGAGUUCGCACGGGGACCAUCGUUGUAGCCCGUUUGCUAACCAUCGCCAUGGUGUCUGCGAGAGCGCUCCAGCUGUUGGCGUUAGCCUGCAUUGCCUCUGCUCUACCUGCUGGAGCUGAAAUCAACAACUAUUUGGUGAUAGCCCCACAGUCUCCGUUGCUAGAGAUUGGGACUAACUUCACGGCUACAUGCAUGAUCAUCAACACAGCCGAAGUGACAGCAGAUGACCUCUACUGGAAUCUGUCUCAGACUACUGUACCAAAAGAACAGUACACCAAGAUCAACGAAUCCGCUCUCAGCGUCACCAUCCCCAUCACCAUCACCAGUGAAAAUCCUCAAUGGUUGUAUUGCUUCUGCAAGAAAAAGUCGCCCUAUUUGGCCCUGAACGAAGGCAAAUUUAUACACGGGAUUUCCUUAACGAAAGGCUAUCGUCCGAGGAAGCCUGAGAAUCUGUCCUGUCAGGCCGUUCAGGAGAAGACGUACAUCUCUAAAACCAUGACGUGUUGGUGGGACCCAGUAGGACUUCAAACCGCAGAAGUCCCUACAACAUAUACACUUCAUGUUGCAAUGAACUCUCCCCAGGCCUAUAAUGUGUCGACCAAUAACAACAGUACCCAAGUGGAUUUUGCGGAAACUUUCCCCAAUCAUAUGCUACUGGAGAUCUGGGUGGAGGCACACAAUAAACUGGGGAAAAUACAGUCUGAGCAUCUGAAAGAAGAUGCCGGCUGGUUUGUGAAAACAAACCCUCCAUCAGAUGUCAAAGUAAUUUCAGAGAACAAUUUCCCCAAAUCCCUUCUGAUGAACUGGACUCAUCCUAUUGCUUAUGUAUAUGUGAUGUUAACAUAUAAAAUAAGAUUCUGCCCAAAUGGAUCUGAAAAUUGGACUUAUGUACCUCUUGUUGACACUGACAAGGACAUACAGUCCUUCAGACUCCAGAACCUUCGGCCAGACACAGUGUAUGUCACUCAGGUGUGCUGCAAAAACGGUAGGGAGGGUCAUGGUUACUGGAGCAACUGGAGUAACAACGCUACCCAGAGAACACCGGAGGACCGACCAGGUAAACCGGAUUUAUGGAGAACCAUUGCUGAGGGUGACCGUAUAAAUGAACGACAAGUGAAGUUUAUUAGUAAGGAUCCUGUAUUUGCCAAUGGGAGGAUAAGAAGAUUCAACAUAAUGAUUCAACACCAAAAGGAUAAAGUGAAGAAUGGGAGUUUGGAGUGGGGAAGUUUCUCAGUCAACAAGUCGGACAGCGGCUCUAUCACCGACCUUAAACAGAUUCACCUGGCUGACAAGAAAUCUGUGAAAGUGUACGUCAACGCUGUCAAUUCUGUGGGGAUCUCUGAUAAUGCAACGUUGGUCAUCUUAGAAAAAGCACACGAGCUCGCCCCAGUUGGAGAGCUGAAGGUGUGGCCCCAUGCAGGCCAGCUGUGGUUAAAGUGGAAACCCCCCAACAGCACAGCUCUGUCAGAGUACGUGGUGGAGUGGGUCAAUGGUGAGCAGACAGACUGGCAGAGGGAAAACAAACACAAGAAUAUCACUGCCAUUAAAGGCAACCUUGAAAAGUUUGUUUGCUACAACGUAUCUGUGUAUCCAAUAUACUCCGGACGGAUUGGGAAGCCAGCAAUCAGAGCAGCCUUUCUGGAGCAAGGAGCUCCAUUGGAAGCCCCCGCUGUUAGAUUGAGCGGUAAACCAGGACGUAAUGAGGCAGAGCUGGUCUGGAACGAGAUCCGCCAAAGCAAUCGGCGAGGCUUCAUCACAAACUACACCAUAUUCUACACAAGUGGAACUGUAAUACACCAAAUAACCGUGCCAGCUGACACCAUCUCAUGCACUCUAAAGUCGCUGACAGGCAACACCAAGUACGACACUUGGAUCAGAGCCUCAACCAUCACCGGCUCAGCCACCAGCUUCAAUCACUCAUUCACCACUCUGAAAUAUGCACCAGGAGAGAUGGAGGGCAUUGUGGUCGGAGUGAGCCUUGGCUUUCUGUUCGUUGUUAUCGUGACCAUGCUGCUCUGCGUCUACAAAAAGGAUGCGAUCAAGGAGAAUUUUUGGCCUCAGAUUCCAAACCCUGGAGAGAGCACUAUUGGAAACUGGUCUCCUGAUUAUCCUUUGAAAGCAGAGACACCAAAGGAGAACUGUCUGUGUGGUGUCAGUGUGCUCGAUGUGGAUGUGUGCGAUGGGAAAUGCGUGUUCGAGGAGGACAAGGCCAGCCUCCCCCUGAAGAAGGACAAGUACCUGUCCGAGGAGCACAGCAGCGGCAUCGGGGGCUCCUCCUGCAUGUCCUCGCCCCGCCAGAGUGUGUCCGACAGCGACGAGGGCGGCGACAUGGCCGACACCACGGCCAGCACCGUUCAGUACUCCUCGGUGGUGGCCUCCAACGGCUACAAGGGUCAGACCCCGAACCCCCAACCCCAGCAGGCUAUUUUCUCACGGUCCGAGUCAACACAGCCCCUGCUGGACUCUGAGGAGAACCCAGACACGUUGCUGCAGGAGGGCAGCAGACAGUCCCAGCGUUUCCCCCGACGGCCCUGCUCCAAACAUGGCAUCGGUGACGGCGCCAACCCUGCUGACUUCACGGAGCAGCAGGAGGCGCUGGAGCCUCUGGACUUCUGUCCCCUGGAAGAGGACUGUGAGCAGGCGACACCUACUGACGGCCAGUCAGCGGCUCCGGCCUCCAGCUACAUGCCUCAGCUGGGUGGCUACAGGCCACAGUAGGAACGCAGACGGACUGAGAUGUGUCAUCUAUGUGAAUGCUUCUGUGCCUUUUGUUAAAUAGGCAAAUGUUUUGCUUAACUUAUCUUAAUGAGGUCAAUGUUGAUUGCACGAUGCAAUGGCUUUAGAAUAAUGUUUCCAUUCAUUCCCUAUAAGCCUGGUUACUCACAAUGCUGCAGUCUGCCACUGGCUUGGAUCUCCAUGUAAAAGCGAAGGCUUAAUUUACGGCACCAAGGAAUACCCCAAAACAGGAAGAGGACAGUGUUUUUCUUACCCUGGUAGCUAUCACCACUGACCAAAGAUUAUCAGGUCAACUAACCGGCGUAGUGGAAAUGGCAAACGGAGGAUCAACUGAAGUAACUGCGGGAAAAAAAUGCAGUGUGUCCUGUGCAAUGGGUCGAAUCCUCUUUUCCAAUAAAAGUAGCUAGCUCCAACGUCACACCAAAACCCCAAGGAAAGAGGCAAAUUUGACAUAGGGGCCAAAUGGCGGAAUUACAACCAUCCGUAUCCGUCAUGUGACCCUAUGGGAAACCAUAGGACUUUUCCCCCCUUGGCUUAGAUUGGAAUAGAGACUGAAUGAACCCCAAUUCAUUAGGUCCGAGAAGUUUUAAAAUGCUUGAAUGCAGAGUUAUUUUCCUUCCUCUGUUUCUGUGAAUGAGAACAAGGCAGGACUGAGGGCUGGAAGGCGGGGCUAAAGGCAACGUUGGCAUUCAUGCUCUAUGGAUCAAGUGAUGAGGACGAUCCACAUACUUUCAUCUGAAUUCUUUGCUCAAAAUGUAAACACUUUUUUGCUUCAAGCGCUGCUCAGCAACUUUUAAUAGGAAGGAACAGCAUGCCAGUUCUCUAUAAGUUCAUCAUUCACUCAAGUCAUUUGCAUAAAGCUUAAAGUUGGCAGAAGAGCCUGUGAUUAUUCUGAGCAGCAUUGGGAUUGAAUAAUAUAUAUUUUAAUAUGUCUUGCUUUUUUCCUCCUGAAAGUUGCCAAAUUUGUCGCCAGUUGUAAUCUGGAAAACGAGCGUUAUCUUUGCAACAGCAGCUCAACAAUAAUAGCAUCUGGAAACGCUACAGAGGGAUUUGAAAAUUUUGUCUAUUGCUAUGUUAAUGUCAUAAUUUUUUACACGUAACCAAGUAUAAAUACUUCAGAUGCUUUGGGAGAGUUACACUUUAAUGGGAAUUAGAGCUUGUAGUUUACAACUUUGCACUCACGUACAAAACUUCCACAGCCACAUCUUUAUAGUUCAUAAAACCCCAAACAUACUCAUACGUAUGUUCAGUAUAUGGCACAUGUUGCGUUUGUGAACCACAAGUUUCAGUAGUGCUACAGCAGGCGGAUUGAGGAUGAAGCUGUCUCUGAUUGAGCAGUGUUUUGCUGUAGCGCCCUCAUGUGGACGGCUUUACUUCUACAGGGAUGUUACAGUUGGUCACCAGAGCAUUGUCACUUAAAAUACGUUGAGUGUGUACUCUGUCUUUAGUACAUUCUCUGCACAUGAAUGUAAUCAAGUAACAAAGAUCACGUUGACAUGUAUGGGCUGUCAGUGCAGGUUCAAUACAAAAGUACAUUUUAAAAGCCAGUGUGUAGAAUUAAGGGGGAUCUAUUAGCAGAAAUGGAAAAUAAUAUUCAUAGCUAUGUUUUUAUUAGUAUAAAAUCCCCUGAAACAGAGUUGUUGUGUUUUCGUUAUAAUAAAGGGAGUCCUUCUUAUCUACAUAAAAAGCAGGUCCUCUUGGCGUCCGCCAUGAUUAACAUCCAUGUUUCUACAGGAACCCAGAAUGGACAAACCAAACUCUGGCACUAGAAAGGGACAAAUAAAUUGAAAUGUUACCUGAGGGCCACAGUAGUUCUCGAUACGUUUGGGAAGGGAGGGGAGUUCAGGACUUCCUGUAAGUCGCUUUGGAUAAAAGCGUCUGCUAAAUGACUGUAAUGUAAUGUAAUGUAAGUUCAGCUGGAUGCAAUCAGCAACCUCACCACUAGAUGUCACUAAAUCCUACACACUGCUCCUUUUAACUGCUUUUGAAAAUCAGAAAUAGGAAAUGGGAAAAUUGAAUACAUAUUUGAGCUAUGUAUAGUUUGGAGCUCACAUGGCAAUUAUUUAGUUUAAGGAUCACUCUACUGCUUUAUUUGUAUAUAUGGUCCUUAAUGAAGCAGAAGGGACUCUCGUUACAGCCGGCAGUGACAGUCUGUGGUCAAACCCUCUCAUCACAGUCCGUCAGAGAAAGCAUUACCUUUUCAUUUCUUCUCAUCCUACAAUGUUCAAACAUAGUAUUAAAUGUGCUAUGGUCCUCUGAGGACGACAUGGACCUCAUACUGUGCUCUGUUACUUUCUACCAACAUCAGUGUACAGCUUCGAGUCAUUAUUCUUUAUUAGCAAACAUUCACUGUGACCUGGUCUCAGCAGCCAAAAGGUCUAAAUGGCUUCACUGGUCUGUUUUUUUUGGACUGCAGAGAGAAGACAUUUUUCAUUUCAACAUUUAUUUGACAGAUGUGUAGAAACGGGGGAUAGGGACAGAGUUAUGACAUGCAACAGUGGUCAAUAAAAAAAAAAGGAAUAAGUUGCUAUGUGAAAACUAGGAAAAUUGCUGACUGAGUAGUCCGCCCUCGUCGAAUGUUAUUUACUUUUUUCAAAGCACUAUUUCAAUGUGAACCGUUGCAGAGGUUAUCCAUUUCAUUACCUACUGACAAGUUUAAGGGUUUCUCUGUUUUGAAACGCUGUAAACGAUGAUUAUGAAAUAAAUGUUUUAACCAAUGUGUCGAUGUCAGCCGGUGU